AUGCGCAAGAUUCGUGCAUUGAGAAAGACGCCCCCCCAACCGCCACAUGGAAUCAGGAGAAACGGCUCAACCUUCUCGGAUGGUGGCGACGGUGAUUCCUUAUAUGCGGGAUCACUGGGAGAUGCCAGUUAUACCACCAGUAUCACUUCAAGUGCUAUGAACUAUCAGUAUAAUGGUCGCAGAUAUCAUUCGUAUCAUGAGGGUGAAUACAUUCUGCCUAAUGAUGAACAAGAACAAGACCGUCUGGACUUGAGUCACCACAUCUAUCGGAUGGUUUUGAAGGGAGAGCUGCACGCAGCCCCCAUCAAGAACCCUGCUCGGGUCCUGGAUAUUGGUACCGGAACUGGAAUCUGGGCUAUCGAUUUUGCAGACGAACAUCCUGAAUCUGAAGUGAUUGGAAAUGAUCUCAGUCCUAUUCAACCGUCCUGGAUCCCUCCUAACCUCCGCUUCGAGGUGGAUGACUUCGAAGCGCCCUGGUCUUACAGCCAGCCUUUCGACUACAUUCAUGGCCGCGAACUAGAAGGCUUCAUCCGUGAUCAUAACCGUCUUUUCGAACAAGCCCUAGAGAACCUGAAGCCUGGUGGUUGGAUGGAAAUUGCCUCGAUCGAAGUCAACUGUUUCUCCGACGACGAAACACAUCUCAAAGCAGAGUCUAUGAUGCACGGAGUCAAGCACAUGCACCUGAGUGCUAAGAUGUUUGGCAAGGAUUUCGACACUGUGAAGAAUUGGCGGUCGCAGAUGGAAAACGCCGGCUUCGUCAAUGCUCGCGAGGACGUUUACAAGCUCCCUCAAAGCCCCUGGCCCAAAGACCCCAAGCUCAAGGAGCUCGGUCGUUACCACCAAGUCAACAUGAUCGAAGCCAUGCCGCCUUAUUGUUACGCGCUGUUUACGCGGCAGCUUGGUUGGGAACGCGUCGAGAUUGAGGCGCUGUUGGCAGGUAUGCGGAAGGAAUUGCGCGAUACGUCCCUCCAUCUGUACUCGCGACUGCAUAUCGUUUAUGGGCAGAGGGCGCUGUGA